UCUACCGGUCUGCGCCAGCGUUUGAUAUCAAUGGCUUUCAGGGCUCGAUUUAUUUGACUAUCUGGACUUUUUUAUAAUUUCACCCCUAAGAAACCAAUGAUGGAUAUCCUAUGGAUUUUAUGGACACUACUACCAUCGGUCCUGGCUGUUGAAGAAAUGUUGAUGGACUCCACCACGGCGACUGCAGAGCUGGGCUGGACAGUAUAUCCUGUGUCGGGGACAAGUGACAGCAGCUGGGAAGAAGUGAGUGGCUACGAUGAGCACAUGAACACCAUUCGUACCUAUCAGGUGUGUAAUGUCUUUGAUGCCAACCAAAAUAACUGGGUGCGUACCAAGUACAUCCGACGAAGAGGAGCUCAACGCAUUCACGUGGAGAUGAAAUUUUCAGUGCGAGACUGCAGCAGCAUCCCAAGAGUCCCGGGUUCCUGCAAAGAAACUUUCAACCUCUACUACUAUGAAUCAGACUCCGACAUUGCCACCAAAGCCUUCCCCCCCUGGAUGGAAAACCCUUGGAUAAAGGUGGAUACCAUCGCGGCUGAUGAGAGUUUCUCGCAAGUAGACCUAGGUGGACGAGUGAUGAAAAUUAAUACAGAGGUACGCAGUUUCGGACCUGUUUCCCGUAAUGGUUUCUACCUAGCCUUUCAGGACUACGGUGGAUGCAUGUCACUGAUCGCUGUGCGAGUGUUCUACAGGAAGUGUCCUCGGACCAUUCGGAACGGAGCGAUAUUUCAGGAGACACUUUCAGGAGCCGAGAGCACCUCUCUGGUGGCGGCGAGGGGAGUUUGCAUCCCUAAUGCCGAGGAGGUUGACGUUCCCAUUAAGCUGUACUGUAAUGGAGAUGGAGAGUGGAUGGUUCCUAUUGGCCGCUGUAUGUGUAAAGCUGGUCAUGAGGCUGUGGAUAAUGGGACUGUUUGCAGAGCAUGCCUUUCGGGUUUCUUCAAGACGGCGCAAGGUGACGAGAAAUGCCUGCAGUGCCCAAUCAAUAGCCGCACUACCAAUGAUGGAGCCACCAACUGCGUCUGCAGAAACGGAUAUUAUCGCACAGACUCAGACCCCUUACAGAUGCCAUGUACAACUGUACCUUCGGCCCCUCAAAGCGUCAUCUCCAGCGUGAACGAGACAUCGCUGAUGCUUGAGUGGAAUACUCCACGGGAGACCGGUGGUCGCGAUGACGUGGUCUACAACAUCAUCUGCAAGAGCUGCGGAGGCGGCCGGGGCGGCUGCACGCGCUGCGGUGACAACGUGCAGUUUAUUCCACGGCAGCUGGGACUCACGGAAACCCGGGUCUUUAUAAGCGACCUUCUGGCCCACACACAGUACACUUUUGAGGUGCAGGCCGUCAACGGAGUAUCAGACCAGAGCCCUUAUUCGCCACAAUAUUCAUCAGUCAACAUCACAACUAACCAAGCUGCUCCUUCUACUGUGUCUAUAAUGCACCAGGUCAGUCGCACCGUUGACAGCAUCACUCUCUCCUGGUCGCAACCAGACCAGCCCAACGGGGUCAUACUCGACUACGAGCUGCAGUAUUAUGAGAAGGACCAGACCGAGCUUAACUCUUCCGUAGUGAGAAGUCAAACCAACACAGCAGUCAUUCGUGGCCUCAAACACGGUGGCAUCUAUGUGUUCCAGGUCCGAGCCCGUACGGUGGCCGGGUUUGGACGCUACAGUGGAAAGAUGUACUUCCAGACCAUGACUGAAGAGGAGUACAACACUAGCAUUCAGGAGAAACUGCCGCUCAUCAUUGGCUCGGCGGCUGCUGGUCUGGUCUUCCUCAUUGCGGUGGUGGUCAUCAUCAUCGUCUGCAACCGACGUGGGUUCGAGAGACCAGAAUCAGAAUACACAGACAAGCUUCAGCACUACACCAGUGGCCACCUGUCACCAGGAAUGAAGAUCUACAUCGAUCCGUUUACCUAUGAAGACCCCAAUGAGGCUGUGAGAGAGUUUGCUAAGGAGAUUGACAUCUCGUGUGUGAAGAUCGAGCAAGUCAUUGGAGCAGGGGAGUUCGGAGAGGUGUGCAGUGGUAAUCUGAAACUCCCAGGAAAGAGAGAGAUGUUUGUGGCUAUCAAAACGCUGAAGUCAGGUUACACAGAGAAGCAACGGCGGGACUUCCUGAGCGAGGCGAGCAUCAUGGGGCAGUUUGAUCAUCCCAAUGUCAUCCAUCUGGAGGGAGUGGUGACCAAGAGCAGCCCUGUCAUGAUCAUCACUGAGUUUAUGGAGAACGGCUCCUUGGACUCUUUCCUCAGGCAAAAUGAUGGGCAGUUCACUGUGAUACAGCUGGUGGGCAUGUUGCGAGGGAUUGCCUCUGGGAUGAAAUACCUCGCGGACAUGAAUUACGUUCAUCGGGACCUGGCUGCCCGCAACAUUUUAGUUAACAGUAAUCUUGUCUGCAAGGUGUCUGAUUUCGGACUCUCGCGCUUCUUGGAGGAUGACACGUCUGACCCCACAUACACCAGUGCCCUGGGGGGGAAGAUACCUAUUCGGUGGACCGCCCCAGAGGCCAUCCAAUACAGGAAGUUCACAUCUGCCAGUGACGUAUGGAGCUAUGGCAUUGUCAUGUGGGAAGUGAUGUCUUAUGGAGAGCGGCCAUAUUGGGACAUGACCAAUCAAGAUGUCAUCAAUGCCAUCGAGCAAGACUACCGACUGCCCCCUCCCAUGGACUGCCCCAGCGCCCUCCACCAGCUCAUGCUGGACUGCUGGCAGAAAGACCGUAACAACCGGCCCAAGUUCAGCCAGAUUGUCAACAACCUGGACAAGAUGAUCCGUAACCCCAACAGCCUGAAGGCCAUGACUCCUCUGUCCUCAGGAGUGCAUUUGCCCUUGCUUGACCGCAGUGUGCCCGACUUCUCUAGCUUUAGUUGUGUGGAUGACUGGUUGGACGCUAUUAAGAUGGGCCAGUACAAAGACAACUUCGCCAAUGGAAACUUCACCAGCUUUGAUCUCGUUUCCCAGAUGACCAUGGAAGAUAUUCUCAGGGUCGGAGUGACACUAGCAGGCCAUCAGAAGAAGAUCCUCAACAGUGUUCAGAUGAUGAGGGCCCAGAUGAACCAGAUCCAAUCAGUAGAAGUUUGACACCAAUGCCCCCAUUAGACUGGGAAGAGGACAAGAGGAGGACCAUCUUGAAGGGGUGGGGCAGCCACCACAGACCCCUGAGCCUGAUUUUCCUUCUGGACUACCUAGGAUAUCCACCUGCCCUUUCUUCCAAAUACUCUCUCGUUCUCCAUCGGUGUCAGCCGAAUUCUCCAUGAACCCUUCAGCCGCCCUAAUGGGCUCGUUCCGGGAAAACCGUGUCUGGCAAAUUUGGUCACAACAUCUGAACAUUUAGCUUUAGCUUCCCCAUAUCCCUUCAAUUUUCUCUUACUUCCUUUCCAGUUUUCUUAUUUUAUAAAUUUUUUGUUUUGUCUUCUUUUCUUUUUUCUUUUUUUUAAUUUUUGUAAAGAAUUUUGUAAGCAAUGACAAAACAAGGAAUCUAUAUCAAAUGUAUAGAUUGGUGUAAAAGUGCAGACUAAAUUACAAGGCUACCCUUUAAAAGGGCAACGAAGAAUCAGGACAUGUAAAAUUUUCCCCACAAUAUGCUUUAGAGAUUUACUUUAUAAUAUUUCAUGCUGAAAAUCUUGAACUGCCUGCUCAUUGAUGACACACGGGACAUUCUGCCAGACCCUAAUCCUUCUCCCCUUGUUGACAGCCGAGGGAAAAGGAUGUGAACACCAUGAAAUGGACCUUCCUUUUGCCAGGCAUUGCUGCCUUGAAGAAAAUACGAGACUUUUAGUUUUGUAGUUUAAACCACUUCAACACGAACAAACAAACAGGAAAAAAGUCUUCACUCCUAAAUAGUUACCUUACUCACAGUGUUGAAUUUGUGAUUUCUCAUUGCUUGAGGGGAAAAAAUGAAAUAUUUUAUGUAUAAGGCUAGACAGCCUGCCAUAUAGAACAACAUCCCUUCGUACCUCGUCCUGUACAUA